UUAAUGCCCGUUAACGCGAUAAUUUUGACAGCCCUAAUAAUACUAGAAAUUUCAUAUAUCCUCCUGACUACCAGUAGUUCAAAUUUGUCCUCUGUACAGGACAUUUAUAAACCGAAAUAUCUCCCACCCACUGCAUCCAAUUGAAUUCAUUCCUUUUGUGCUCUAUAGAGGACAUCCAGAGCUUUCCAAUGAUACCAAAUUUGUAGGGGUGGGGUUUUGUUAACCUUUACUUUACCAUGGAAGAAAAUGGCUUCCGUCAAUGCAAGCACAUUUUAUGGGAAUAGGAAAAGUAAGUGUUUAAUACUUUUUAUCGAACACAUUUUGUCUUGAAAUGUUGUUGGCGUUUUGUCUAUAAGACUCUUAAGAACACAUUUAAGUGUUGUUUGAGUUAUUUUAAGUGUAUUUUAGCAGAGUAUUCAAGUGUUUAAAAAAUGUCCUCUGUAUCGGACAUUCGAAGUACUUUUGUACAUUUUACCCUUUCCCAAAUGACAAGAAACGUCAUUCUCAGGAGCAGAGCAAAUUUUACUGUUGAUUGUUGAUGGAAACUCAGACAUUGAGUUAUCUGAUGAAGAUGAUGAAUAUCCACUAUUUGACGCAGAAAUAGAGGAAGAUGAUUCAGGGACCUCUGAGGAGGAAAUUGAAGCAGAGCAGACCAGAAAUCGGUUUUACAAAUUGAGAAACUCCAUCAAGCUUGUCAACGACCUUGAUGUUUCAAAUGAAGAAAAAACAAGUGAUGUCUUGUGGAGAAUCAGGGCCCUCUUGACCAAACUACGGCAAGGACGUCCGAGUUAGCCAAGAAAAGGAAAAUUGUGACAAGCAAAUGGUUCCUUUGAUUGAUCGAUGCCCAGUGUGCCAGUAUGUACCGGGCAAACCAAACCCAAGUAGACUCAAGGUAAAUAUUUGUUUUUGGUGCACCAACUGGUCUAGUUUUGGAUUUUGUGGUCUACCAAGGAAAGACAACCUUCACAGUUCCAGGAGGAAGGAGCAUUGGGGAACAAGCUGUUCUUCAAUUGACGUAGUCUGUUCUCAAGGCACCCACCUGUCCUUUGACAGGUACUUUACAACAAUCAGCCUCCUUGACACCCUGAUGACAAAAGGACUGACAGCGACUGGAACCCUCAUGAAUAACAGGGUUCCAAAAGACUGCAAGAUCAGAGGGGAUGAGCUCUUCAAAAAGAACUAAAAAGGGUCACCAGAGAUGGUUGUGAGACAAAGCACAUCUGAACUUGCUGUCAUAAAAUGGUUGGACAACAAGCCAGUUGUCAUGGCAUCAUCUGCUUAUGGGAUUGAACAUCAGGGCACACUCAGAAGAUGGUCCAAGAAAUAGAAAAGGUUUGUCCAAGUGUCAAGGCCACUGGCAAUUGCUGAGUAAAACACCAACAUGGAUGGUGUGGACUUGGUCAAUUGAAUGUAGAGUUUUUACAGGAUGCCCGCUCAGACUAGAAAAUGGACAGAUCAUGCCAUUUUCCCCUUUUUUGACCUGGCAACUGCCAACUCAUGGCUCCAGCAUAAGAGUGACUGAGAGUGUCUGGUGAAGAAACCACAGAAGUUCCUUGACUUCAAAGUGCUCCUUGGUGAAGGAUUAAUUGCUCGAGCCCAAGCAGGACGUGCAGCAAGUGACAGUGAAGAUGACUACACUCCCCCAUGUCAAAAAUGAAAACAACAGACAAAUGCAGCUCUGAGACACUAUGGUGCUGUGCAUCUUUCAGAGAUGGUGGAUGAAAUGCAUCAAGGUGUCGCCGAUCUGACUGCAACAGUAAAAAAUACAGUAUGUUAUGUGCUCCGAAUGCAAGAUUUCCUUUGUGUUACCAAGAAAGGGAAUUGCUUUUGAAGUAUCCUACCAAAAAACACAAUAGAAGCAAAAGUGAAACAAAAGAAAAGGCAUGAUGGACAGUUAUGUUUAUGUUGAAGGCUUUGUCAAGUUGACUCUUUGAUAUUUUCUGUUGGACUAACUGUUUGACAACGAAGUUUUGUUUCCCCUUUAUUGGGUUCCGAUGUCCAUUGUAGAGGACACAUCAAAGCUUAAAAACAAAAGUAAAAAUUUCAAAAAUUUCUUUUGCAGUAUUCUAAUUACUUCACAUAGAUUGGGGAAUUUCAAAAUAAAUGUGAUUGGACAACAUUUUUUCCCCUGGUAGUCAGGAGGAUAUAUUAGGGCUGUCAAAAUUAUCGCGUUAACGGGCGUUAAUUAAUGUUUUUAAUUAAUCACGUUAAAAUAUUUGACGCAAUUCACGCAGAUGUCCCCGCUCAGACAGAUUUAAAUGACAGUACAGUGAAACGCUCAAUUGUUGUUAUGGAGUUUUGCCGCCCUCUGCUGGCGCUUGGGUGAAUGUCCAUCUCGCAUAUUGCCUCAAACAGAUGACACUGAGGCCGUUUAUGAACAUUAAGAGUGAAGAGAAUGCCACCGGCCGCUUGGGGGCAGCGCCGUUCCAUACUCAUGUUAUUUCUUCUAAUCGUGGGAGAAUUAGUAGUUGUGAGACGUUUAUGCUGUAUUCACAAUGCAAUGCAAAUUGCUGUUUGUGCUCCACACAUAUUUCGGUAAGUUUUCUUUCUUUUAGUGGCAAUUAUGUUUCUCUUGUUGUAUUUUGGGUAAGAUAUGUACAGAAUGUACAGAUGUAUGUUAUACAGUAAAGGCGAGUGGACACAGGCGUUCUUUGGACCGCGCCGUUUAUUGGCAACUCCUUCACAACAAACAUGUAGUGGGGAGAACAAGUAUUUGAUACAUUGCCAAUGGGAAAACUCAUUGGCAGUGGGGAGAACAAGUAUUUGAUUAACUGUUAAAAGUGGCGUUUAGUGAAAGCACAACAAAAAUAAUAUUCCUAUCUCUCAAAAAAAAAAAAAAAAAAAAAAUGUUCACAAAAAGAAAAGCACUUCAGUCUAUAGUAAUGAGGCCUUAUUCUGACACACAGUUCAACAACAAUGCAAAAUGAACUGGCAUUCCAUAUCAAAAUAGCUAUGCAAAAUACACGUAAAACUUAGACUUUGGUCACUCUAUUUUUAUUAUUGUUAUUGUUAUUUUUAUUCUUCUUAUUAUUAUAUUAACUCUACUUUUGAUUGAAAAUUUUACAAAUUUUAUUAAAACGAAAACAUGAUAAUAAUAUAAUAAUAAUAUAAAAUUACUAUAACUUGUAACUAUAACAUUUAUUGUUUAAGAACUACAGGUCUUUCUAUCCAUGGAUCACUUUAACAGAAAGAAUGUUAAUGCCAUUUGUGGAUUUAUUGUUUCAAUAAACAAAUACAGUGCUUAAGUACAGUAUGUUGUAUGUAUAUAGCCGUCGUGUGUCUUAUCUUUCCAUUCCAACAAUAAUUUACAGAAAAAUAUGGCAUAUUUUAGAGAUGGUUUGAAUUGCGAUUAAUUGCGAUUAAUUACGAUUAAUUAAUUUUUAAGCUGUAAUUAACUCGAUUAAAAAUUUUAAUCGUUUGACAGCCCUUAUAUUUUCUAUAAAUUUUUAUAAAUAUUUAUAUAUUUUAUUUAUUUAUAUAUUUUAUUUAUUAUUUUUAUUUAUCUUUUAAGAACUACAAGUCUUUCUAUCCAUGGAUCGCUUUAACAGAAUGUUAAUAAUGGUAAUGCCAUCUUGUUGAUUUAUUGUUAUAAUAAAGAAAUACAGUACUUAUGUACCGAAUGUUGAAUGUAUAUAUCCAUCUCGGUCUUAUCUUUCCAUUUCAACAAUAAUUUACAGAAAAAUAUGGCAUAUUUUAUAGAUGGUUUGAAUUGCGAUUAAUUAAUUUUUUAGCUCUAAUUAACUCGAUUAAAAAUUUUUAUCGUUUGACACCCCUAAACGAAACCUUACUUAAUGAGUCUGAAUAAAGGCUUUCUGGUUUUCAAACCUAAUCAAACUAAAGUAAAUGCACGGUGAUUUUGUAAUACACUUUUUUAACAUAUUUGGAAAUUUCACUGAUGAUUUAUUUCUAAAUUGUGUAAAUUAUAUAGUAGAUAUUUAAAUAUUAGGUUAUUCUGAACAAUGGUGACAUGCAGUUAGGUAGCUUACUGCUAUAGGUACACCCCAGUAAAAGAUGCUGGUCUUUGAGUGCUUUGUUAUGGUGGGGAGGGGCUCAGUGGCUCCCGCUGCUCAGUAGGGAAAGAAGGUAGUGUGCCAGAAGUCAAGUCUCCAAACACAAGCAACUACAAUACAAAAAAAACUCCAGAAAUAAGCAUGAUUUUUCGCUAGUCGUUUUUAACAAAGCAAGUGUCACUGGGAUGAUUAUGAAAGUCUUCAAUUGAACUCAGAACAACGGAAUGAAAAUUGAAAAAUGCCUCCUGCGGAUGUUAAUACAAGAUCAUUGAUUACGCUGUCACUCAAAAAGGAAUUCAGCCUCAGACAGAUCAUUCAAUCAUCAUGCUGAGAACCAGAUCGUCCAAGCCAACCAAGCCCCGCCCACUGCUCAUAGACCCCCAGAGAUGUAAAACAUCUGAUGGGCAGGAUAAACCCAGUCUUAAGCCAAUGUCUCGUUGCGCAGUAGUGGAACAAUGUACUCUCAAUAGUGUACCACACGAAUGCUAUUUUUAGACCGCAAGGCAUCACCAUUGUAGACCGGAAGGGGGUUAACAUAGACGCGCACUCGCAUACAACCCAUGCUAGCGGACAUCCAAAAGACCAGUUUAAAGCCAGCAAGGCGAAGCCAUUCACCGUCAUAUGCAGUAAACAUUUUGUUGGGGGCCAUGGUCCUACAGAUGACAAUCCUGAUACAUUGCCUGCCCCGAAGAAGUAAGCCAUUUUGAUAUUUUUACAUAUUUUUUAGCGUGGCGUUUUGCCAUGCUGCUUUUGUCUGACAAUGAAUGACCUGAAAAUUUUUUUAAAUUUUAUUUAUAUAUCACAUAUAUCACAGUCAUUUAGGCCUAUUUUUCUAAAAUUUAGAAACAUUUAGAUAACAUAGCCAUGUUUGGGCAUGGUCUUUUUGUAGUAAGCCUGUUCCUGCCUACAGGUAAGCUCUAGAUUUAACAGCUUUACCUUUUCUGUUGUAAAGAAACAACCUUAGUAAGGGGGAAGUGUAAAUAAAUUCAUAGAAAUUAAGAUUUGUUAUUAGAGAAAAAAUUAAAAAUUUUCGUUGGCUCUCACUGAGUAACAUUUACAAUCGCUACACAAAAAUAGCAAUAUAAAUUACCCCCAAGAAUGGUCAGAGACGUAAGACAAACAGAGGAUAUAAUAUAUAAGAAAGGCAUAUGGUGGUAACGGAUAGCUUGUCGAAACAAGAGAAUGUCAUUGUCAGUAGCGUAUGGCAAUGCAUACAAGAAAAAGGAUGUUGAUAAAACAAUGCUACCUCUGGAUCAGGACGGCUCUUUUUCCUGUCUCGACACUCAAGCCAUCUCAUUAACUGAACAUUUGUAUGUUCUUCCACAUCUUUACCAGUGAAUUUGGCAUUAGGGACAUCAUUUUCGGACAGAAUUAGUAGAUUUAACUCAGUAAACAUCUCGUUCGUACACUAUUUACAUGCAUCUAGCAUGAGGGACAAACGCGAGUUUGACCUCCCCUAGCAACAGUUGCUAACGUCAUGAAUAUUAAUGAGCAAAGGUGACGUGUUACGUGCGGUACGCCAGUCCAGAUGCGCACAGCUUCCACUCUAUUUAAAGGACUAUGAAGCUGUGCAGCUGAAUGAAUAGCCGCACCGUAACCAGUGAUAAGAGACUCAUUCUGAACAAAAGUUGAGUGCGUUGUAGCGCAUAUUAAUCAAUGACAUCUACACACAACAGUAGGCCUAUAUAUUUGAUGACUUAUUUUUUGACAUUUUGUGGAAAGCUGAGCUUCCCUUGCAAUCGCCUUUGCUACACUCCUAAAAUGUAUUUUACUUUCAGACUUUGACUAGUUUGUUGGUAUGGGUUUGAGUACCUCAUUGUUGGCUGGGACUAGUGUACAGAAGUUAUGGUGAGAAAGGAAGAUACGCAAGAAAGCGCAGCUACCCAGAGCGUCAAAAUAUAUUUAGAAAAAAAAAACUUUGAUAAAUAGUGCAACAGUUAUUUGGGCAUAUCAUGUUGUGGUAUUUCUUAAUGUUAAAUGAUCAUUUUGAGUCAUACGCCCUAUGCAGUAUGUUUUAAUUAAUUAUAUUCAAUGCUCCUGACAUUUUUCACUAUCACUUUGUGAUGCGAAGGACCUAAUGGCGAGUCUACAGGUUUCCUUUUUUUGCUAUAUGUUAAUAAGCCUGUGCAGCCGAGCUACGCAUAUGCAUGAUAUCCUCUACCUCUUUCAGGUGUUCUCUCAGUCCUUCACAGGCACCUUUGCUAUCUACAGUGUGGCCACUGGAUUCCACUGCCUGAGAAUCAUUUUCAGCAUUAUGUGAAUGAUAAGGGAAACGUGAUCCUCUGGGGAACUAUUCAGAAAAGGACUAAAGCCAAGCUGCGAAACUGAUCAUCAUCUGAUGGUAACUGGGAGGCUUUUCUUGUGAAGGCAGCCAAAACAAAAGAGGGAUUGGUGAUGUUGCACCCCUGCAUGAACCAACCCCAUUCUCUCUCUUUUUGUUUCCCCUUCUCUGCAUCUUGCUCAGACAUAAGAGCAUCUUCCAGGCCAGGUUACAGACCAACCAUGCAAAUCUUAAAGCAAAAUGCUGGCCCCAAAUGGCAGUAUAAUGUGCGAUGCUUUGUGUGUUUCGCAGGGAUCGACUAGAGCUUAGGCCACCACUGACAGAGGAUGCUAAUUUGCAGUACGCUUCAUGGGGACCUCAGGGGAACCAGCUGGCUUUUGUUUUUGAUGGAGACAUCUACUACAAGUCCAGUGUGACCAGCCAAGCUCUGCGUCUCACAUCCACUGGCGACCGGCACCGUGUGGUAAACGGGCUUUCAGACUGGACCUACGAAGAGGAGGUACUUUUGUCUUACGCUGCCAACUGGUGGUCACUGGAUGGCGCCCGGCUGGCUUACCUCAGCAUCAACAACUCUGCCACACCCCUUAUGGAAAUACCACAAUUUUUGGGGGGCCUGUACCCCUCUAAUUUAAUCUUCCCCUACCCCAAGGCUGGUUCCAAUAUCCCAUCUGUUAGCCUGUUUGUUGUGAAUCUGUAUGGGCCGGCCCACACGGUGGAGAUGAUGCCCCCUGAUGCAGUCAGAGCCAGAGAAGGCUACAUCUCCAUGGUGACAUGGAUCAGCAGCACCCGCCUGGCAGUUCGUUGGUUGAACAGGGCCCAGAACCAAUCGGUGCUUUGCGUUUGUGAGGCCACCACGGGGGCAUGCUCGGAGAAACACAAGAUGACCUUGGAUAUAGUUCACAGGCAAUGGCAGUCUAUGCAGGAUGUGCCUCUAUUCUCAGAGGAUGGCUCUGUGUUCUAUGCCAUCCUGCCUGCCAAGCAGGGCGCCCGUGGAGAGUUCAACCAUAUCGCCACUCUGUCAGCCCAGCCCACAAUUCCCUCUAUCCCUCCUCGUUUUUUGACAUCUGGAAGCUGGGAUGUCACCUCACUUUGCGCCCUGGACGAGAAGGCUGGAAAAAUCUAUUUCCUGAGUACAGAAGAAUCCAGACAAGGCAGGCACCUUUACAGCGUGGAUGUGGACGGAGCAUUUCACCGCCAGUGCAUCACCUGUAACCUCCUCGAUGGAUGCAACUUCUUUCAAGCCGAUUUCAGUCCUAAUUGCACCUAUUUCACUCUCCGCUGCCUUGGUCCAGGGAUUCCGAGAGUAUCAGUUCACUACUUAAAGGACCCCUCUAGAUAUGUUAUCUUGGAGGACAACACUCCCCUUUCCAAAGCCCUGGAAGACAAACAUCUCCCUGAGACUCUGUUCAGGACCUUUUCUGCGGACACCCAUGAUGUGCACCUGAAAUUAUCUUUACCGCAAGGUUACGAGGCUAACCUCCACCCGCUGCUUAUCAUUUUAGACAGCCUUCCCAGUAGUCAGUCAGUGACAGAAGAGUUUGCGCUUGACUGGCCUCAGGUCCUCUGCAGCUCACACAAUGUUGCGUUGGCGUGGGUGGACAGCCGUGGACAGAAGACCUCCACCUCAGACCCCCGUAGGCUUGGUUCACUUCAAGUCAAAGAUCAUUUGGAAGUUGUAGAGCUGUUGAUGAAGCUGCCGUUUAUUGAUGAUCGCCGCAUGGCUCUUUAUGGCAAGGCAUUUGGUGGACACUUAACUCUCAAAAUGUUAACUGCAACAGAGAAGCUCUUUCAGUGCUCAGCUGCUGUGGCCCCAGUAACUGACUUUAGGCUUUACAGUGCCGCAUUCUCCGAGCGGUAUCUCGGUCUUCCAACAAAGGAGGAGCAUAUUUACUCGACUGCCUCUCUGUUGGAGGAGGUCAGCAAACUGAAAGACGAAAACUUUCUUAUUCUACACGGAACUGCAGAUGCUAGGGUCCACUUCCAGCACAGUGCAGAGCUCCUGAGCCGAUUGGUCAAGGUAGAGGCCAACUACUCCCUGCAGUUGUAUCCAGAUGAGGGUCACUCAUUGCGGGAACCGCGCAGCAUUCAGCACUUCCAGCGCACAAUUGUGAACUAUAUUCAUAACUGCUUCAAGCACGAAGCCCUCUCAUAUACAGCUGAGGAUGACGAAGAGGAGGAUGACUGAGCUUGGUGCUCCCUGUCCUCUUCUCUGGAGGUGCUGUCAUACUGUAGGUCUACACGCCUUGGUGAUGAGUGUGAUGUGGAGGGCAGAAGGGAAGACCGAAAACCAUCACCCAAGCAAGUCAGCUUCUACAACUUUUGGCAAAUGGAUGACCUAAACAACAACUGUACACAACGGUUUCUGCUGUUUACCGUCUGCUCGAGAACGCGUUUGUUUACAAAAUAAAGUGGGUGUAGAAAGUAAACCCAACCUUGUGUUGUUUUGCACACAUUUGCAAUUUUCUUUCUUAUUUUUUGUGUUUAUUGUGAGAUCUUAAAACUGCGGGAAAUCUGUUGGAGUCUGAAAUAUUGGCUGAUAAGACUUCUACCUAUAUUAACUGCCUUGUACAUUUAGUACUUUCUCUAUCCACUGUAUAUUGUAUGUAAGAGAUAGUAGGCUGAUGAUUGUGCCAAAUGUUUACAGGUUUUAAAGUGUACCUGAAGGUUGCAUGAUGUGAAAUAAAUUGCAUUUUCUGUCUUUUUUCGUCAUGGUACAAACUAAUAUUACAUGCUGGAACAGAUUAACAAUACAGGUUUCGUAACCACUGUGCUGAAGGGGCUGAAAAUUAAAAUGAAGCUCACACAUAGUUCGGAUGAGUCAGUUUACUCCCAGGCUGGUUGGAAAGUAUCCAGAUUUCUCUAAGGGUGAGAUUUACCAUAGCUACUAACAAGUAUACUGUACACGAUAUGUGUGUACACAGACACACAACCCGACUUAUACUGUACUUUUUGGACUAUGAAGCGCACUUCAAAUCCUUUAUUUUUUCCAAAUAUUGACAAUGCGCGUUAUGUUUAAAUUUUGGUUGUGCUCAAUGACCUCAAAGCUAUUAUAUCGGAGCAUUAAUGUAUUUUGCUGCGCCAGUAAAGUGCUGAAAACGCAUUAAUCAAAGCCAUAACUAAGGUGAUGGGGGAUAAAAAUGUUAAAAGAUAAAGAACAAAUGACAAGUGCAGUAUAUUGACGCUCUAAUGCGCCCAAUAAUCAGGUGUGCUUUAUGAAAAUAAACUUGUUUAAUGAUGGUGUGCCUCACAGUCCAAAAAAUAUACAUACAGUACAGUAUGUUUUUACAGCACUUAAGUAAAAUGGCACAUAAAUUGCAAAAUGCACCCGUUAGACUGAUAUUAGUAAAUAAGUAAAUACGGUACAGUAUAUCCAACUAUGCAGUUAUGAUUUGGGUAAACUGUUGACUCAUCAAUUCCAGUGGAAGUAGAAUAUAGUCAUAUUUUGAUAUUUCUAAACAUUUAAAUUGGUCUCUGAAUGCAUGAGACAGUGCUCAAUUUUCUCUACAAAGACAGUGUAAAGAUCUAAACCAUUGCAUGACUCCAAUUAUCUACAUCAAACUUUUUCCCCCAACAAUACCAUGACAAUUAAAGUUGUU